CGGGCGGUGCCAGGCCCUGCCCGGCUCGGCGCACGAUGCCUCUCGAAGCCCGCACGCCCGCCGCCUCCGUGCAGCAGCCAGGCCCCGGGGCUGCCGUGCUCUGAGGCCGCGCUCGUGCCAUGGCCGCCCCGGGAGGACCGGGCCCGGGCUCCCGGCACCGCGCGCUGCUCGGGCUGCUGCUGCUCUGCCUCUGGCUGCCGAGCGGCCGGCCCGGAGAGCCCGGCGCCCCGCCGUCGGGGGUCGAUCGGCUGCUCCAGGACUUCCGCCGGCAGCUGCAGCGGGCACGGCCGCGCGAGGAGCUAGAACCGGAGCUGCUCGGCGGCCCGCGGGAGGAUUGCCCGGGCGCGGGCGGUACGGCGGUCUACCGGGCCGUGCCCGAUACCAUCAUCCGCACCCAAGACUCCAUCGCGGCCGGAGCCAGCUUCCUGCGCGCACCCGGGACCGUGCGGGGCUGGCGGCAGUGCGUGGCGGCCUGCUGCUCCGAGCCGCGCUGCACCGUGGCGGUGGUGCAGCUGCCCCGGGGGCCCAGCGCGCCCGCUCCCAUGCCCGCGCCCCGCUGCUACUUGUUCAACUGCACGGCGCGGGGCCGCAGCGUCUGCAAGUUCGCGCCGCUCCGGGGCUACCGUACUUACACUCUCAGCCGCGCCGGGGACACCGCCGGGGCCUCGCCCGGGCCGGGUGAGGAUGAGCCUCCACUUAGCAAGGCCGGGAAGGAUGUGGUUUUGCAUCUGCCCACAGACGGGGUGAUUCUGGAUGGCCGAGAAAGCACAGAUGACCACGCCAUCGUCCAUUAUGAGUGGACGUUGAAGCAGGGUGAUCCAUCAGUGGACAUGAAGGUGCCUCAGCCAGGAACCCUGGAGCUGUCCCACCUGAAGGAAGGAGCAUACAUCUUCCAGCUGACUGUGACUGACACCAUGGGCCAGAGAAGCUCCGACAACGUGUCUGUGAGCGUGCUUCCCAGGAUCCACUCCACCGGAGGAUGCUCCAGCGUGUGCUCGCGAUACCAUUUCUUCUGUGAGAACGGCUGCUGCAUCGACAUCACCUUGGCUUGUGAUGGAGUGAGGCAGUGUCCAGAUGGGUCUGACGAAGACUUCUGUCAAAACUUGGGCCUUGACCGCAAGAUGGAGACAUACACAGCGGCUACUUCUGCCCAGCCAGGAACCACAGGACUGAGUGAAGGAGACCCCCGGUUUGAGAAGCCCCAGAAAGCCAGUCCCCACAACCAACCAGCUACUGUAUCCCACACAGAGAAGAGGAUUCACUCCACCCAGAGGGCGCCAGAGAGUCAAAUCAGUCCUGUCAUGCCAGACAGUAAUUCCUCAGGAAAGAACCAAGAAGAGGGAAGUUACAUUUUCAAGUCCAAGAGUGAUCACGCACGAGGGGACCACCCAGCCCCAGAAGCAGGUGCAGUGUUACCCCUGGCACUGGGUCUGGCCAUCACUGCUUUGUUACUUCUCAUGGUGACUUGCCGACUCCGACUGGUGAAGCAGAAACUGAAGAAAGCCCGUCCCAUUACGUCUGAGGAAUCUGACUACCUCAUCAAUGGGAUGUAUCUGUAAUGAAGAUUUUUAAGCAGCUGCGGGCGAGGAUGGGCUUCACUUACAAUUUGUCCCUUGGGUUCUAUCCUUAAGACCUGUUGCUUUAAAUUGUGCUAGAAGACAGUGCGGUUAUAAACCUUGUUUUAUUAUGAAAUCAUUUUUCCUGGGAAGUAAAUGUCUUGAAAGGUAGAGAGGAAUUCAUGAGAUUGAAGUGUAUAGUAUGCUGAGACAGAAAGUCACUAUGCCAUGAGAGGUGCCAAGUGCUGGGCCCCCACAGCUUCCCCUUGUCUUCCAGCCCUCUUCUCCACUGAGUUCUCAUGAGCUCCAUUUUCUCUCUGCCAAAUAGCUUUGAAAAGGCAUCCUAAGUGAAUUACACUCAGUGAGAUGAUACGAAUAGCAAGUCUGUAUGUUAUAAGCAUUCUGAAUAGAUCAGCAAAGUCCCACAGGAGAGGAAUAUGGGUUCUCCACCCCACCCCAUGCUUCUGACAUCAGGCCAUGGUGGUAGCUGCCAUGUUUGGCUGACUUUGGAAGAACAUCUUUUGGUUAGGGGCAACUCUAGGUGGGUAUGAAAUGAGAUCAAAGUGUCAGCAGAGGACCUAGAAGGCAAAUAGAGGCAUAGCCGUGGGGUAAGUGAGUGAGGACAUUAAUGUGUCAUCUGCUCAAUGCUGCUCCACAGUGUGGAGCACAGUGACUGGUUUAUAUAUGCACUGGAUUUCAACAUGAGCCUUUCUGAUGAAAAAGUGCGAAUUAUCAAUCAAAACAUUGAUGUCUGGGUACGGUGUUUGUAAAGAUGUCGCCAUGUUUAAGUAUCACAGGCCAUCAAUGGAAUGAGCCAGAUGCUUCCCCUUGUGAUGUUUUACAGGGCUGGCGGUGGAAUCCAGGAGGCUGUUUGUGCUAGGCAAGGGCUCUACCACUGAGCUACACCUUGCCUUCACCCUCUUUUAUGUUAUUAAAAUGUUAUAAUGAACGGGCGGCGUUGACACACGCCUUUAAUCCCAGCACUGUGAGGCAGAGCUAGGCGGAUCUCGAGUUCAAGGCCAGCCUGGUCUAUAGAGCGAGAUCCAGGACAGGCAUCAAAACUACACAGAGAAACCCUGUCUCAAAACCAAAACAAAAAAAAAAUGUUAUAAUGUACAAUCAGCUAAUGUCAGGAUGUAUUUCCAGGGUGGAAAGCACUUUUGCACAAACUCCCCAUUACAGGAAAUUAGUGUCCAGCUUAGCAUCUUUUAAAUUUGUAGGUAAUAAAGGCAGAUUUUCCCUCAUCACUCAAUGUUGGGUUAUACACUCUAGAGAUUAUUCUGAGGGGACUACAUUGUGUGGUGCCCAAUUAUAAUCAUGAUGUUCCUCUUUUCUUUACUAUAAGUGGCAAACAUUGGAAAAAAAAUACUGUAGUCUCAUUCGUUUUAGACUGAAUGUAAAGUAGGUGGUUCCUUUAACAGGGGGCUUGAUUUUGGUGAGGGAAUAUAAUCUAUCAAAAUGCAUUAAUAAACGGGUAGUUCUAGAAAAACAAGUGUUUGCUUUUGUCUCUUGAGACUCCAAGUCUAGCCUUUUGCUGAAUGUUUAGAGCUGAGCAAUGGUGUAAAUGUUACACUGGUAGCCUGAGAGAUGAACUGUGUGAGUGAACUUAUCUGUACGCUGAUGCUGUGCGGCUCAUUUUUAUAGAGGACGUCACCUACAGCCAUACCCAGUAAGAUAGAAACUAAUAAGGCAUGUUUCUUUCUGCACUUCUUUUAUAUACAAAGAAAUUAACUACGAUCUAGUAUUGCUAUUGUUUUGAAGUACUUGAGAAAAGAUGUCUUGUAUGUACUAUUCCUUUAAUAAACUAUUUUAUUCUUA